CUACCUUUACCGCUAAUCAAAUGGAGCACCAUAAAAGCAAUUGUGCAUCGUGGUCGUGUAUCCCAUAAAUAUUCAUGAUACUGGCCGUCCUUUAAGCUGUAUUUCUUUCUUUUUGUCAUUGUAACAACAUACAUGCAAAAUGAAGACCACCAUUAUCGUGGAGGUUUUUCUGCUUCAAGUGGUAAAUGUCUGCCUGUCAAUGAUUCUGCGUUUAAGCUGUAAGACCUAUGGCGACUUCAAAAUCGUGCUGAACAAUUUCAGUGACCCAGCCGAAGUUAUCAAGACAAUCAGCGUUAAGCAAAAGAGGGAAUGUGUGCUUGAAUGCAUAUCAUCUGGAAGCUGUAAAGCAGUCAACUUUGAAGGCGCUACUGGAAAGUGUGAGCUAGUUGGGCGUGGCUUGACAUCUUCUCUAGUUGUCAGAUCAGGCUGGACCUAUUUAACAACUGACGAAAAGGAAGCUAAUAUUGGGCCUACAUGUAAAUUGCUAUCUCCAUGUCAGAACGGUGGAUUAUGUAUGGACACGUGCUCUGCGCCUGGGUUUCAGUGUCAUUGCAGUAGACUGCACCAAGGGACAUUUUGCGAGAAACCGAAAGAGUUCGCCAGUUGCACAGCAGCAUACGAGGCUGGCUUUACCAGCACCGGGGUUUACUGGCUGACAAACAUUGGCUACCACUUCUGCAGAAUGACGUCAUUAGGAGAAUGCAGUGGUGGGGGAUGGACACUCAUAUUGAAGACGUUAAAAGAGUUGACAACAUUCAAUUAUGAUGCCAACUACUGGACGACUUACAACAAAUACAACCAUGCAUACACGGUAGCUGAGGGACUGCUUCUUGGCGAAGAGGCGAAAUACGAAGCUUACAACAAAUUGGCAUUCACCAAAGUAUGCCUCGUCUUUAGAAUAGCUGGGAGAUAUACAUUCUUGCAAAUUGACAAGACUGCCAGUUCAAUGCUAGAUGUUAUGAAUUCUGGGUACCAAGCAACAACUGUUGGACGCACAAAAUGGCUAAGUUUAGUUGAAAAUAAUCAAAUGCAAACUCAAUGCAACAAAGAAGGCUUCAGUGUCGACAAUUUGGUUCGGAUUGGCAUCAUCGCCAACAACGAGGAUGAUUGCUUUACACCAGAUUCGUACAUUGGAAUUGGCAUCCAUGGCAGAGCGAGUACAUAUUGUAAUUACGCCUUUAAACCAGCAGGCAACGCUAUUUGUAUCGGUACAACAGACCUAUUCAAUAAGUUAGCCAAUGCGUACUUAUUUGUGAAAUAAUGUAUUAUAAAAGUCCUACUGAUCUUUAAAUAGUUUUGCAUCACUUGUUCCCAGGGUACAUCACUGGAUUAGACAGUGUAAAAUGGACAAUCAACUUCAACUUGUUUUUUAAAUCGAAUCGUCUAUAAAAAACCAAUCACUAUGAUGACCGAAAAUUAAUAAAACUGAAAAUCAAUAUUCAAAAUGUAGGAUUGCUGUGAUUUUUUUCGUCGAUUACGUACCCAUUUGCUGUUUUAUUCACAUAGAUAGAUAGAAAGAACAUGUCCUUGUGUGACCUAUUAGAUGUUCAAUUCAAUGGUAUCUUGCGUCACACUUGUGUGUAAAACACGUGAUAUGUUUGAUCAGAGGUCUCAUCCAUAUCAACAAAAGAGAAGCUUCUAGUUUUGAUUCAUUUGCCUCUAUAAUACCUUCCUAACUCGACGAUAAUGAACAACAAAAUACAAAUCUACGCUUGUGUUUAUAUCAAACAACAGUCCAAGUUCCAGCUUAUUCUAGAACAGACGCUUUUCUCUUAGAAAACGAUAAAAACUUCUAUUUUACUAAACACAUGUUUCAUGAGGGUUUCUUGUUCGUACUCCUCUGAAGCGUGUCUCUUGACGGAGUUUUGACCUUUGAACUCAGAGGGCAAACUCCAUCUUCAGUGUUCAUGACAUGAUAUUCAGUGUUCAUAACAAGUUAAGUAACUGAAUGCUUAAUUCCUUAUAAAAUUCGUUGUGUAUUCAAGUAAUGAUCUCAUGUACUCAGGACAUCCUCUUUUCUAAUUGGCAUUCUAGUAAUUUAGAUUGAGGUUCCUCAAAGGAUUUUUAAAUCUUCGUAUGAAAAAAUGAAAGCGAUUUUUAAGUAGCACUGUAUUAACUCGAUAAAAUGCACGGGGACUUCUUAAACUUUUAAUACUUUAUUUUUACGAAUUAUGCCAAUAAUUAAAUAAAUACCGCAAUAAUAUUCUAAUAUAGGGAUUCUUCUACUGAAUUUUCUCUAGAGAAAUUAAGCAGGUACUUUUCGAUUUCCUUUUCCUGUUAGAAGAGCGCUAGGUUCUGAUGUCGUACAAAAAAUGAAUUUUUCGACGAAGUGGCAUUUUUCGAGGGGUGCCACCUGUUGUGCCCACUUAGAGAA